AUGCUGGACUCCCCUCCCCAGCCCAAGCAGCAAAGAACUUUGUUCGAUGGGAGUUGCCUGCAGAAAAAGCAGGAAUGGAAGAAAGUCAAGGAGACAACAAGAUAUGGUCUCGUAGAGGGCGAGGAUGUUAAGAAUAUGUACCGCUAUGAAGACCCUGACAACCAUGCCAUUAUGGCCGGCCAAUUAAUCGGCUUCACCUGCGAUUCGACUUUAGACUCGGAAAACUUUGAUAAUCAUGAUGUAUUCGGGCCUGCUGACAACUUUCACUAA